UCACUGCCAGGUCUGGUGUUAUAAUAAGUAGACAGAAGAUUAUUGACUCAGGAAAGAUAGCUUCAGCUUCUGAAGAUGUGGAAAGUCUUUGUUGUUGUGAUCUUCUGUGUGACACUGGUGUCAGCCUCAUGCCCGAAGGACUGUCGGUGUCCCCCUGAAGUCCCCGCUUGUGCAGCAGGAGUCAGUCUCACGCUGGACGGCUGUGGAUGCUGCGAAGUUUGUGCUCGGCAGCUCUUCGAAGACUGCAGCAGGACACAGCCAUGUGACCACACAAAGGGACUGGAGUGCAACUUUGGAGGUGGAUUUGGUUCUGAUAAGGGCAUCUGUCGAGCUAAAUCAGAUGGAAGAACUUGUGAGUACAACAACAAGAUUUACCAGAAUGGGGAAAUCUUCCGUCCAAACUGCCAACACCAGUGCAUUUGCAUGGACGGUGCUGUCGGAUGUGUCUCUCUGUGCCCACACGAGCUCUCGCUGCCCAAGCUGAGCUGUGCCAAACCCAGGCGGGUCAAGGUAUCGGGACAGUGCUGUGAACAACUCGUCUGCCCCGAGGAGGCAAAGCCAGAGAGUUAUGCGGUGAAGAAGCACAGAAAAAAGGACAGCAGGGACAGAGCAUCUGAAGACGACCUCACCAACACGAAUGAGCUGGCUCCAGUGUGGAGAGGAGAGUCAGAGUCGUUAGCUGCUUUCAGGAGUCACCCAAUGGGCCACAUGGUUGCCAGUGGAGUCGGGUGUGUGUCUCAGACCACUGCCUGGUCACCCUGCUCCAAAUCCUGUGGCACUGGAGUGUCCUCGAGGAUGACCAACAGCAAUGCCCAGUGCAAACUGAUGAAAGAGACUCGGGUCUGUGAAGUCCGCCCAUGCAACCAAAUGACCCUCGUCAGAUUGAAGAAAGGUCACAAAUGUAACCACAUAGAAAAGGCCAGCCGUCCACUUAAACUGUCCUACGCGGGCUGCCGUAGCCUUAAAAGGUUCCAGCCCAGAUACUGUGGGUCCUGCUCAGACGGGCAAUGCUGUCGCCCUCGUCGGACCCAGACGAUACCCGUGCGCUUCAGAUGCAAAAAUGGAGACACCAUCAGCAGGAUGGUGAUGAUGAUCGAGUCGUGCAAGUGUGACCUCAACUGCUCCGGCAGCGACGAAAAGACACCUGCGCUCUACAGACUUUUUAAUGAUAUGCACAAACUGAAAAUGUAAACUUCUCAGUUUAAGUGCAAAGAAGAUCCGUUACGUGAUGACUGACAGAAAAAAAAAAUUGCACUGUGAGGUUGAAGACACCUGGUAGGAUGAAUUUAGUGAACUAUAUCGUUCAUGAUUUUGCUUCAUAACACUGGAGCCUUUUGGUUUGCUUCUUUGUGAAGCUGUUGUCUUACAUUGCCAAAAUUCUUAUUUUUCUAGUUAAACCAAAAUUUACUGCUCUCCACUUUUAUUUUAUUGACACACAUAUUUAAGCCUCUCUUGACAAGACAUACCACGUUAGCAUGGAAAUGACGUAAAAACCAUGGCAGCUAUACUAAAUAAGUCAUUAAACAAUAUGUCGCCUUGUUUCUGUUGAUUUACUGUACUUAUUCAUUUUAUUUAUAAGACUUUGUUUCGUACUUAAUGCAUUCUUAUAUUUAAUCAUGGAUUACUGUACAGUAAUUGCUUUGACAUCGUGUUCUCUACACUCACUUGUCUGUGUAAAAGGUUGAAAUGUAACUGCAGGCUGGACUCAUACUGUACUGUAUGUAAGUUGGCCAAUUAACUGCCAAAGUGUCAGUUUUAUGAUUUAGUUUUUCACAAAUAA